AUGCCUUUUACAAAAACAUCCAUCGAGGACCAAUGUGUGACUCAGAUUAUUCUGCGCCGCUGUCACGAGCAGCCAGAUGUUACGGCCAUUUCGGCCUGGGACGGCGAGGUUGCAUACGGUGAGCUGGAACGACAAUCUGCUAGACUGGCAACCAAGUUAUUGAAGCUUGGCAUCAGUCCCAAGCGAUGUGUUACUAUCGUUCUGGACAAAUCGAAAUGGAUGAUGGUCGCGACCUUGGGCGUGAUUCGUGCGGGCGGAUCCUUCCUCAUGGUGGACGUUUCCCAUCCAUUUGAGCGGAUUGAAAAGAUCAUUCGCACUAUUGCAGCACUUUUGCUAGUGUUUUCAUACGCUUGCGUAUCUCUCGUCUCUCGCUUGGCAGAUGCGAUCGUGGUUAUUGAAGACGUUGCCAACUUUGCCGAGCAGAGCAUCGACGACAAAGCCCUCAGGCAACAACACGCAGACACGACCAUCGAAUGCCUUGCGCUUACAGUACGCGUCGAUGGAUUCACUGUGUGUAAUCGUGAGGUGCUGCUGAUGCUCAUGGUUGGAGGGUGCCUGUGCAUUCCAUCAGAGGAUGAUCGCAACCAGGACCUCACGGGAUUUAUCAGCCGUCAUCGGGUCAACUACACGUUCCUGCCGCCAAUAAUAGCGAGCCAGUUGGACCCGGCAGCCGUCCCAACCCUUCGCGUACUGCUGCUUGGGGGGCACAUCCAUCGGGAUCUCUCAACUAACGGACUGGACCAAACAUGUCCGUUUCAUGCGGGGUGCGAUGCACGCAACGUCGGGUUUUCCUGCGACUAUUGUCUCUGGGUAGUAGAGGUCGACAACCCAAACCAUCUGGUACCCGUUGGUGCGGUCGGGGAACUAUUGCUCCAAGGCAAGGGCCUUGCGAGAGGAUACUCGGCCGACGAAGAGAUAGAUCGUCGUGUGUUCCUGAAGGGAGCCGAUUGGCAAGCCCGCCACCCCCUACACGUAUACAGCACCUUUGGCGAGCGUCUUUACCGCACAGGCGACCUGGUGCGAUACAAUUUGGACGGGUCAAUCCAAUACAUCUCACAAAAAGACAACUUGAUCAAGGUGGAUGGCGAAGAGUGGACCCCGGGGAGAUCGAGCAUCACCUAG